AUGGUGCUCUUAACAAUGACGCCGUCCAUUGUGGACGCACUCAAGCAGGCAGACGAGCAACACAAAACGGACGGCCAGCACAAAGCAGACGGCCAGCACAAGGCCGACGAACCCAGCAACGAUGGCGACCGGGAUCAGAGCAAUGACGCAGCAGCUUCAUCGUCAACAGAGCCAGCAGUCGGCAACCCCAUUUCCCACAGCGAUAUACUCAGUCUUUACAAGAAGCUCAGUGCAUCAGAGCCAGAAUCUAAAUACAGCCUAGAGCAGCUGCUUCGAGGAUCUCAAGUCUACAUCCCUCCCCCUCCACCAAGACCAGAGCCAUCCGAAGAGUACAAAGCUCUCAUGGCCCGUCUUCGCCGCGACGAAGACGCCCGCGCCUACGAACGCAUGAUCAACCCACCCCUUCCACUCGAAUCAUUCUCAAGCCGAUUUCCAAACGCCGCGCACGCAUUUGCAGAAGCGAACCGGCCUUCCAAAGCCGAAGAUCUCGGCGACGACGAAAUCACAUACAACGAAGUGCAGCGCCAGGUCAUGCUCAUCAUCAAUUUCCUCGUCAGUAUUGUUGGAGUGGCAGCUACGCUUUGGAUCGCCGGCCGGUGGUGGAGCCUCUCAUCUCGAGUAUUCCUGACGCUUGGCGGCAGCAUAGUAGUUGCCAUUGCAGAGGUGGCUGUCUAUUCGAGUUACAUGUGGAGAAUGGGCGAGGCAAAGAGCAAGCAAGGUGCUGUCAAAGAGAUCAAAGAAGUGGUUCAGUCCUGGGUCGUGGGACAGGAGGGAGAGAAUGACGGUGACAAGAGUGUACUGCUGCAGAGUAAGGUCGAAGAGGACGAAUCAGUAAGGAGGAGGAUACCGACGAUUUCAGUGACGGAAAGCCCAUAG